GGUCUGCAUUCAGCUGAGCUAACAUGAGCAGUACCGGGGAGGAGAUAAUGCAGUGGAUUAACGGCAACAGGACAAUCAGACAUCGAGCUUUAUGUGUAUAAUAACACUGUUUUAUGAAGGAGACGGGUACUGGCCUCCUGCGAGUCUUCAUCAGCGCCUCAGGUUGAGCGUUACUGCUUCACUUCGUCAUCACACAGCACCAUUGCAGCGAGGCGGUGUCAGUGUGAAGAACCUUGGUGACUACUGCUGUGGCAGGGCAGAAGCACCCAGCUCAGGAAGAUGGCAUCACCGUUUGUGCCUGUUCCAGUGCCCUUGGACAGAGCGGGAGGUAGCGGCAAGCUCAGGCGGCCACAACGAGCUUCAUCACUGGGAAGCGUUUCCAGCACUUCAGCCGGUGAGGACCACGGAAGAGGAUGUGGAGGAUUAGGCUCCCGGCGCCAAUCCCGCUGCAUAGACAGAGGCAGCCGGAGCAGGACACCGCCACCCCUUCAGAGCCCUGUGGUACGGGCCAGGGUGAAUGGGACUUUGGAGACCUCAAUGGAGUACUCCAGCUGUCCCCGCUCUAUAUCUGAUCCUGCUGGGAGCCAGCAAGGGGAGGAGAGGCCUAUUACCCCGACUGUGCUGGGGUAUGAGGUCAUGGAGGAGAGGGCCAAAUUCACGGUAUUUAAAGUCCUGGUUAGGAAGACUCCAGAUGAGAGCUGGGUUGUUUUUAGAAGGUACACAGACUUCUCCAGACUCAACGACAAGUUGAAGGAGAUGUUCCCAGGCUUCCGCCUCUCUCUGCCUCCCAAGCGGUGGUUCAAAGAUAACUAUGACAGCGACUUCCUGGAAGACAGACAGUUGGGGCUGCAGGCAUUUUUGCAAAACCUGGUUGCACACAAGGACAUUGCCAACUGCCUGGCAGUGAGAGAGUUUCUGUGUCUGGAUGACCCACCUGGGCCUUUUGAUAGUCUGGAGGAGAGCCGAGCGUUCUGUGAGACUCUGGAGGAGAGCAACUAUCGUCUCCAAAAGGAGCUGGUAGAGAAGCAGAAGGAGAUUGCCUCCCUGAAGAGGAGGCUGCAGGAGAAGGAGCAAGCUAUCCUGCUACUGGAGAAACAUAUCAAUGGUGAGUGUCUGAGCCCGGAGUCUCUGUGUGGUCUGUCAGCUCAGGGCAGUGAGAGCAGCGCAGAUGCAGAUGUGGAGUCGUCUGCUGCAGAGGCUGAUCAGGAUGUGCAGAAUGACACUGGUGGCAGGUGUGAAGUCCAACCGGUGCGAUCCUCUGCUUGUUGGUGUGGGCCGUCGCUCAGCUCCUCGCCUCCGGUCAUACAGGUCACUCAGCUUUACCACCAGAAGCUGGAACAAUAACAGUGGUCCUCCUCUUCUUCCAUCCCCCAUGUCCUCAGUCUCCUGCUCUUCUAGACCACCCCCUCCCCCUUCUGUUGUGUUUAUUCCAGCACUAUUUGUUUGUUUUUUCUGACUUCUCUUUUACCAUUCCCUCCUCCCGACCACAAUUCCCCUUUUACACCUUCCAGAUUGUAGCCGCUGUUUCACCUUCCAGUGUUGGAGUUGGAUGUGAGGCAGCCUUUAUCUCAAGAUCUGUACAUAAGUUAAAAGGGAAUAGUUGAUACUGCAACAGCCUGUUUCACUUAUAUUCCCCCUUUACAAACGGGUCAUCGGAUAUUUAAGGACUUCUCUCUGACCUUCUGCAACUGUUUCUGGAAUUACAUGGCUACACUCCUUAAAACCUCAAAGUUGAAGUUGUCUUAAACUGUGUGGGGAUUCUCAGUCCUACUCGUUCACUUUUGAACUUCACACCGCGGCCGCAAAUUUGGAUCAGUUUGAUCCUGUGGACACCAAGCCAAAGUUUGGCUUCUUGACCAAAAAAAAAAAAAGAAAGACUUUUACAACUGUGACAAUCUACAGCUAACCAUCAUCUCAUCAGUUACGGCAGACGUGCAUCGCCAUAUGGCUCUUUACUUUUGACAACAGGCCAUCGUCUCUAACCAGAGAAACAACACCCCCAUGUAGUUAUAGAAAAAAAAGGGAAAAAAAUGUGGAUGAAUUAAAUGCCUCAGAACUUACAUUGGUAACCAGGUGGGUAUCACAGAGGAAUGCUAACUUUGUGUUUGCAGGUACUUCCAUGUCGUUGCUUAGAACUGCCAUUGACUCUCAUAGCGGCAGAACCUGAGAAACUUCAUUGUCUUUGCACUUUUAGUCAAAUUCCGUUUGCAUCUUGAAGUCUAGAUUCCCUAAUGCUUUAGUGCCAUAAGUGGUGAAGUCCUGCAAGAGACAACUAAAUCUGUAAUGUGUGAGAGAGCCAAGAAAAGGUGCCCUAAUUGUUACUUUUUUAGGAAUGUAAUCAUUUCCCUGAGACAUGCAUCAGCUUGCUUUUAGACAUUGACUAUGCCAGUCCAUAAAUAUUUACAACACUUAACCUCUUCUGGCACCUUGCCUGUUUAUAUGGGAGUGUAGACUGGGCCUGGACUUGUAUCAGUUUCCUCAAGGUCUGUCAAUAUAGUGUAACUUGAUGUGGGUAUAAUUAAAGGAUCAGUUCACCCAUUUAACAAAAAAUAUAUAUAAUAUAUAAUAUAUUUUUCAACCUAGACCUAGUAGUGAGUGGACAUGUAAAUAGUUCAGAUUAUAUGAAAAGAUGGAUGAUGGUCAUAUACGCGUCCGACCAAUCGCCAUUGGAUCAGAGAACUUCCAUUGGCUCACAUGGCUGUCAAUCAUGACAUCAGUCCCCUCUUCAUAGCAUCAAAUAAUCAAUUAAAAACAAACUUAUGAGAAAAAUGUACACUUGAGCAAACAUCAGGGUGAUGAGAAAUACUCAAAAUGACAUAAACCAUCUUUGCAAAAAAUUAAUUUGAUGUGUACUUUG